AUGUGGAUCAGUCCUAUUUAUGUUCUUAAGAGGUGCACUGGUUCAAAUUCAUCUUGGAUCUCUCAGGCUAUGUCUGGCUCUGAACCUGAGAGUCCAGAAAUGGAGCCAAUACAAGCCAAUCCUGCUCCAAGGAGGCCUCGGAUUCUACUUGCUGCUAGCGGGAGUGUAGCGGCCAUAAAGUUUGGCAACCUCUGCCAUAGUUUUUCUGAAUGGGCAGAAGUAAAAGCAGUUGCCACAAGAGCAUCCUUGCAUUUCAUUGAUAGGACAUCACUUCCCAAGGAUGUAAUCCUGUACACCGAUGAGGAUGAGUGGUCCAGUUGGAACAAAAUGGGUGAUAGUGUGCUUCACAUUGAGCUCCGCCGUUGGGCUGAUAUCUUGGUUAUUGCCCCAUUGUCAGCAAACACACUAGGCAAGAUUGCCGGGGGAUUGUGUGACAAUCUACUCACUUGUGUUGUACGAGCAUGGGACUACAGCAAGCCUUUCUUUGUUGCACCAGCCAUGAACACCUUGAUGUGGAAGAAUCCCUUCACGGAGCGACAUAUCAUGUCGAUUGAUGAACUUGGAGUGUCGCUCAUCCCGCCUGUCACAAAGAGGCUGGCUUGUGGGGAUUACGGAAAUGGAGCAAUGGCUGAACCUUCUUUGAUUUAUUCUACUGUAAGACUCUUUUUCGAGUCUCGAGUUCAACAAGGUGGCAGUGUUGUUUAG